AUGUCAAAACUCUCACCAGAGUCAAAAAUCAGACUAGCUAGUGGCCAUGAUCUGCCACAGCUAGGAUUCGGGGUGUAUCAAACUCCCGUAGCGGAAGCCGAGCGUUGCGUGGUGGAAGCCCUCAAUGCAGGCUACCGGCAGAUCGACUCGGCCUCGGCAUACCGAAACGAAGCACCUUGCGGCAGUGCCAUUCGGUCCAUGGCCUCUACCGUUCCAAGGUCUGAAGUCUUCUUCACGUCCAAGGUUCGGCCGAAAGGCAUGUCAUACGAGUCCGCCAAAGCAACAGUCACCAGUACCUUGGACGAGACGGGUCUGAACUACAUCGACCUGAUGCUCCUCCACGCGCCGUACGGGGGCUCCGCCGCGCGCAAGGGGGCGUGGCGGGCGCUCGUAGAAGCCGUCGAGGCGGGCCACGUGCGCAGCAUUGGCGUGAGCAACUAUGGCGUGCACCACCUCCGGGAGCUCAAGGAGCACAUUGCCGAGCUCGAGGCCGAGCGCGGCGGUCCCGGCCGGGGCGGCGUCAUCAGUGUUGGGCAAUGGGAGGUGCAUCCGUGGCUCCCGCGCCCGGAUAUCGUGAGCUGGGCCCGGGACAAUGGCGUUGCUGUACAAGCAUUUUGUCCACUAGUCCGCGGCGAGAGGUGGGACGAGCAGGUUCUCAAGGAUCUGGCAGCCAAACACGGCAAAACAGCUGCCCAAAUUCUUAUUAGGUGGAGUUUACAAAAGGGAUAUAGCCCACUUCCAAAGAGUGUUACCACGUCGCGCAUCAAGGAGAAUGCUAACGUGUUUGAUUUUGAACUUGAUGAGGAGGAUAUGCGAAAGCUGGAGACGGAUCAAUAUGCACCUUGUACUUGGGAUCCUACCACAAGCGCUAUAGAUAAUUGA